AUGCCAGUGAGCCUGGCGGUGGCGGACUGCCUCGUGCUGGUGGCGUCGGUGCCCAACGAGAUCCUCAGCUACUACCUGGUGGGCAACCAGUGGCUGUGGGGCGACGUGGGCUGCGCCGCCUUCGUCUUCUGCCAGAACCUCGGCAUCAACGCCAGCGCGCUCAGUCUGGUCGCCUUCACCGUGGAGCGCUACAUCGCCAUCUGCAGGCCCCUACGGGCGCACGCGCUGUGCUCGGUGUCCCGGGCGCAGCGCAUCUCGCUGCUGGCGUGGGCCCUGGCGGCCGCCUACAGCGCGCCCUGGCUGGCGCUGACGUCGACGCGGCCGCUGCGCUACCGCGGCCUGCCCGAGCUGCGCGCCUGCGACUUCCGGCUGCCGCGCGCCCACUACCUGCUCUACUUCUUCUGCGACCUGCUCGCCUUCUACGUGGCGCCGCUGCUGCUGUCCUGCGUGCUAUGGGUGCCGACGUGCUGUCCUUGGAGCCGAGUUGCUAUCACCUGUACGGCGCUGCGCUCUCUCGGGCCGGGCGUGGUGUCGCGUAGCCCGCAGCCGCCGAAGCCGCUGCCGCUGCCGCUGCUGGAGGCGCCUGCUGACGCCUGA